GCAGCAGUGACAAACAGCUUUGAGCAGGGCUGGACUUGCCUUCAGGUAUUUCUUAUCUAAAAACAAGAAAAAACAGCUGCACAGGAUCUUCACAUACCUCUGACAGCAAGAAUCAUCUUAUGAUCUGGAUCUCAUCACAAACCUGAAGCAGUGCUGUUCCCACUUUGGAGCCCAGUGACUGAUAAUGACUUCAGCACUGAUUAUAGCCCUGCUGACCUUUGGCCUGUCAGUGUACAGUGUGGCCUUUGUCCCCAUUGGUGGUGGUGCAUCCACUCAUGUCAGCAUUACAGGAACAGCUUUACUGCAAGAAGUGACAGAAACGUGUCGGUCGAUGGCUGAGGCAGCUGGUCAUGAGUUUGAGCCCACGGGUUCAUCUCCUGAGGAGCUGGUCCAAGCUUGUCUAGGUCCCUCAGCACCAGGACAAGUGUCUGGAGAAAAAUUUCACUCUGCCCUUCAACAAAUCUACACCCAGAAUGGGCUGGUAGACCGAGACUUUAUCAACAGUGCUCCACACCACUUCAACUCAGAGGCCUUUCUUGAGGGACGUAGGCUUAUCACUGAGGGUGUUGUAGCCAUAAAGGCGAACAUUCGUAGUGAGAACUUCCAGGCUGCCAGGGAGACGCUGGGCAGAGUACUUCACACGUUGCAGGAUUUCUACAGCCACAGUAACUGGGUGGAGCUUGGAUACACAGAGCCAUACAUCAAUCUCAUACGCCCAGACCUUCCACUGGAAAACCUUGCAGAUGUGGACACAGCUACCUGCAGGGACUGUGCCAGUGGAACAUGCCCCAAUCCCAUCCUCCCAAACAUCCUGAAGGAGAAGAAACUCACAUCUGGCUAUAUGGGGAUCUUCUCUGCUGCCAAGCCGAAAGGUAAAUGCAGCCAUGGAGGCGAAGGUGACCUGACUGCAACAACAGUUCCUCGUGGAGGCAUUAACAAAGACGAGCGUCGCUCAGACAGCGCGGCCCUCCACACUGCUGCUGUGAAAGCAGCAACAGAGGCCAGCCUCCAGCUUCUGCAGGACAUCCGAUUUACUGCUGGAGACAAGGACUUUUUGAGAAUGAUGGGGAUUGCACGCUCCUCUGUUGUGUGCUUCGUUAUUGACACAACUGGCAGCAUGAGUGACGACAUCGAUGAGGCCAGAGCAGUAGUUUAUGAAAUCAUUGACAGCAAAAAAGGAACUCAGGAUGAGCCAUCUGAGUACAUUCUUGUGCCUUUCAAUGACCCUAAAUUUGGACCUUUGAUCAAAACAACAGAUGCUGAAACUAUGAAAAGAGAAAUCUCUAAGCUAACAGCUGCAGGGGGUGACGAUGAGCCAGAGAUGUGCCUGUCAGGACUUCAGUUGGCUCUUACUGGGGCCCCUGACAGCUCCCACAUUUAUGUUUUCACUGAUGCUACCGCCAAAGACAUUCACCUCAAGGACGCUAUUGUUGCACUAAUCAGGACGACCAAGUCCACGGUGUCAUUUUUUAUGACCGGGGGAGCCAGAAGGAGACGUCGUUCUCUUACACGUGGUUCUUUUGAAGACUACAAAGACCUGGCUUUGGCCUCUGGAGGACAGGCCAUCCAAGUGUCUAAGAACCAGUUGCCUCAGGCCACAGAUAUCAUCCUUGACACCUCCACUUCAGCACUGGUGACAGUUCUUCAGCGAGCAAGGAAUCCAGGGAUGCAGGAAACUUUCCCUUUUGUGUUGGAUGAAUCUCUAAGAAAUAUCACAAUCUACAUCACAGGAACAUCCAUCACUUUUACUCUGACCAACCCUGCAGGUGUUAGCCAGAGCCAUAAUGAGGCCAGUGGAAAAUUGGGGACCAUACAGACUGUGGGGAACCUGAGGAGAAUUAGUCUCAAUGCUGACAGAGAGAUGGGAGCCUGGCAUAUCAACAUCAACUCCAACAAUCCCUACACACUGAAAAUCACAGGCCAGAGCACCAUUACCUUUAUCUAUGACUUUGUGGAAAGCUUCCAGGGACCUCACCCCGGCUAUGCAGUGCUCAGCGGGCGUCCACAAGCAGGCCAGCCAGCUACUCUAAUGCUCUCAGUAAUGGGUAGAAAAGGCCCGUCAUCAUUGUCUAUUGGGGCUGUUGGUCUGGUGACCAUGUCUGGCCCUGAGACUGUCAGCAAUGGCACGACAACUGACAUGGGCACUGGAGACAUCCUGGUGACUGUGGAUGCAGUUCCUGAGGGGGAGUUUGUGGUCAGUAUGAAAGGAACCGACAAGAUGUCAAACAGUCUAUUUCAGAGGCAGUCCACCACCCAGAUGUCUGUCUCCAGGGUCAACAUACAGGCUGUGGUAGACAGCAGUGCAGAGCCUGGAAAAGCCUUCCAGCUUCCCUUCAGCAUCAGGACCCAGGGCCCUGGAGGUCAAUAUUCAAUUGCAGCCAAAAAUGACAGAGGUAUAAAAAUGACCUACCCAACCAGCCUCACCUUGACAACAGGACUAUAUGCUAAUGCUACUUUGACCCUGACUCCACCUGCCAGCAUGCCUUCAGGCACUGAUGUUACUCUGACACUGGAGGCCAAGUCAGCCAGUGGUGUUGACUCCAAUUACGCAGUAUUGAGGAUAUCUGUUAUCACCAAGGUUACUGAUUUUGUUCCACCUCAGUGCGAUGUAGUUAGUGUCCUCGCUGAUGACUGCCCUAAAGAUGUGUCUCAAUGUGGACCUUUCCAGUGGGAGUUUUUGGCCAACCUUACAGACAGUAACGGCACUGGAAUAGAAGCAGUUACUCUGCAACAGGGCAGUGGAAACCUAACCUACACCUCCUUGAGUGCUCCGUUUGUUCAGGCAAACUACACAGCCUCCUGCUGCUCACAAGUUGUUGAAUUUACAGCUGUGGAUAAAGUCGGCAAUGUGGGCAAGUGUUAUCAUUCAAUUGCCUAUUCUGCCGGCCCUCCUGCCUUAACCCUUUCUCUGCCACUCUGGUUGUGUCUGCUGGUAUCAGCCAUCAUAGCAAGGUCUUAAAAUGUCUAGGUGGCAUCACUUUCAGUGUGAACGCUGAAAGGGCAAUGGAUAAUGUUUGGUUUUAAAGGAUUUACUUGUAUUGCAUUGUUUAACAUUGACCAACUUGCUACAAACCCAUCUCUAUGAAGAAAACUAAAUCUAACAUAUCUAACAUAAACAUAGCAUGAUUACUAGCAUCCAAUGCUGUGAGGGGCUGGAAGGGGUACGUUUUAAACAGGCAGGAAAGAAACAGUUUAUAAUCUGAGCAGGGGCUAGGUCACUUUCCCCGUUGAAUCAUUUUUACUAUAGAAAUAAUAUUAAUGUUUUAAAAAAGAGUUUCAGGAAUCCUCUUUCUAUCUUUCAUUUUAAAAAAAUUGACCACUGAAAUGGAAAAUUAAGAGGGGUGAAAAGUACGUUUUGGAAUGUUGGUGAAGGUUUUCAGUCAUCCACGCCAUGGUUUACAAAGCUUGAUCGAAAAGCUUUGGAUAAUCUUAACCAAGAAUAGUCAUCUAUUGACCAGUAGAAUGCUAUUGAUCUGGCUGGUCACCUGAGAGUCAUUGAUGGAGUUGUUGACCUAGUUUCAUCUGGGGGUGUACCCCCUCAGCCUUCUCUUAGAGUCACAAUAAGAUGCUGGGUCACAUGAUCCUGGGUGGGAGUAUUCUUUUGACUGUUGAUGAAGGGAAUUCAGAGCUACAUUGUGUAUUGGUGAUAAAUAGUGUCUCGGGGCACCACCUCUGCUCAGGGAUGUUUUUUCCAGGUUAACAGAAAGCUUUAUUGUGUUUUUCCACCAAGCAGUCCUGUUCAGCUCAAUUUGGUACAGUCAGAAGUUGCAUGCAUAUCCACUCUCAGAAAAUGGGAAAGAUGCCGAUUUUGGCACUCUUCUGUUCCAAGCAUACCUAUCCCACUGUAAAGGGUCAAGCUAAAACAACUGCCGCCGCCUACCAAGUAACGGUCCGGUUAGGCUGACAAACACAACUGUUGUGUUUCUGAAUGCAAUUUGUAUUUAUCAUUUCUUUAUAUCAAAAAAUAAUUGCAAUUUGUUUUCUGUGACUUUUGUGGAAUAAAAUUCAUAUAAAGAUGUGUAAUUAUGUGACUCCAACUUGGUGUUUCACAUUCUAUCCAUCUAUCUAUCUAUCUAUCUAUCUAUCUAUCUAUCUAUCUAUCUAUCUAUCUAUCUAUCUAUCUAAACAUAAUUGGACCUACCAUUCAGGCAAAGGGAGGAAGCUACCUCAUUUGUCAUCUUUCUAUUGCACUGAAGAUUCCCAAGAGCACAGUGUCCAUGGUUCCAUAAAUGAAACAAGUUUGGCACAACCAGGACUCUUCCAAGAGCUUGUCGUCAAGCCAAACUGAGCAAUCAGGGGAGAAACCUUAAAGAGGUGACCAAGAACCAGAUGGUUUAUGUGGAUUUUGUUGUAAACUCCAAGCAGGAUUUCAUGUGUCUUAGACACAUUCAAAAAACGAUAACUGAAUAAUAGCUGUGUGGUAAAACAACAUGCAAUAGCUCAAAAUUGAUUUGUGGUGUAAGUACUGAUAUUGCCAAAAGAGUGGGUAUAUUUUUUCAUUUUUGUAAGUUAAACAUGGCCUAGAGACAUACUGAAAUAUUCAUAUGUGGUGACUUUGGGAAUGAUUCUGUCAAAGAGAUGUAAUGUUCAUGAAUGAUCCGAAUCUUUUGAACGGCUCUUUAACACGAAGACGGGAAUCGAGUCAAAGUUGUGAGCCGUUUGUUUUUUUUAUCCAUAUGUUUCACACAGAUGCACACACAAGCUCCUCCUUUGCUACUUCACUGUGAGACUAUUAUACACCCAAGGACAGUUCAGGAGUCCUCUGCAGGGUUUAACUUUUUUACAAAGCAGCUAUAUGCACUCCAACAGGUCAUCAGUCCAUUGCAGUAUUAAUACUAGUAGAACUAAUACGCUGUAUGUACAUUUUUUUUUCAUUUAUUAUAGUUUUAUCUAUUGUUCUAAUACUUGAAAUAUUGUUUUGUCAAAGUAUUGUAUUUUUCUAUCAAAAUAUUCUUGUGUGAAAUGUUUUCUCUAAAACUUGCAUUAAAAACAGGUGUACUACAUACAUAUAUGCAACACUAACAGUACAGAACUGUUGCAGAAUGUGGUACUUAUAUUUUUCUCUUGUUUACAAAAUUUUUUAAAGGCGCUUUCAGUGAUUUUAUCACCAAUAGAAUAUAUAUUUGUGUGAUGUCUAUGUUUGAAUGAUUCUGACCCAAAUUGUCCCCUAUCAGUCCUUCCAGUGAUUAUUUCUUGGAUAAAAUGAGUUAACGCCUGGCUAGCUCUUUAAAAAAUAAAAUAAAAAUUGAGCCAGUUUUUUUAACGGUUCUUUGACAGGAACAGAUCCGCAAGAGCCAUAAAUCCCAUCUCUAUUCUGUUAGAUGUGAUGAGGAAGUACUUUAGGCUAUUUUCAAUCCAGAUUGGUACAUUUUACAUUUUUAUGACUGAAAGACAAGAAAAUGAGCUAUAUGGAAAUAAAAGCAAUUCAAAUUUUCACAUUUUAAAAAAAGGUCCCAAAUUCUGCACGUUUAUUAUCAUGCAUGUUUUCUUUAACUCUUAACAAAAAAUGAAAAACUUACUUCAACAAUGUUGUUGGAUUGUUAAAUAGUUUUAACAAAGAAAUGAAAACAUGUUUCUCUGCCUUUUGUGACAAUUUGUCUUUGCAAACAACAACCACAAGGCUGCAUUUCAGUUUAGAUCAGAUUUGAAUGUACAGAGGUAUUUUACAAUCACAGCUGAUGUUAAA